UUGGAAGAACGAAACAUCGAAUUAGAAGGCACGCGGGCGCGAGUGCGCGUGUUAGAACGCCUUCAGCAACGACCACCGACGGAAGUCGAACCAGAAGCGGAUCUGGAACAACCCAGAUGCGAGCAGAGCGGCGUCGAGCCUGGUAGCAGUACGGAGUCCGCGCGAGAUCAUCAUCAGCCGGUAGAGAUCAAACCGUCGCCACGGCGGCGUCCUAGUCGUAUACCUUUACCUGGCAGCGCGAGUGGCAAGACGUCGUCGACGACGCCUACGACAAGCGCGACUACGAUCGCGCCACCGCGAUCUAGUCACGGCAGGAACGACAGCAGGGAAUCGCUCAAAUCGCUGACGAGACCACCGCGUGAUUCUAGUCGUGACAGCCACGGCGGCGGCAAAUCGUUAUCGAAAGCACGCGACUCUAGCCGGGAUUCACUCGGCAAUAGGAGUCUGUCCAAGAACGGCGGCAACGGAAGCAGCAGCAGUAAUGGUAGCGGCGGCAGCGGCGGCGGCGGCGGCGGCGGCAAUAAGGAAGCAAAUCGGGAGUCAUCCCUGAAUAACCGAUCCCUGCCUCGUAACAAUUCCAGCCGAGAUUCCCUAAAUAAAUCCUCCUCGCUAUCCCGUGCCCGUGACUCGUUGGAAUCUAACAACAACCUCAGCACAUCCUCACCUACGACAAAUACCCCUCCCCGACGACCGCCCGCUCCCGCGCGCCGUUCCCACAGCCUGGCGCGCGCGGCGACGUCUGUCGAUGCGUCCGAAAACGGCAAGAACUGCACCGAACCACCAAGUUCCUGGUGCUCGACCAACAGCAGUUUCCGGCACAGUGAUUCAUCGCUCUAUCCAGACUCCCUGAAUCAAGAGACAUCGUCCGUCACCGGUUCCACGCGGGUGGAAUUCAUAAUCGGUUCACCCACCAGGCGCUUCCGUACAAGCGCCGCGUGGCCUCAUCAUUACUUCGACAGUAUUAACUCGGCGGCUACGGUACCGGAGAGCCUGUUAACCGACGAGUUCCCUUUGCGACGCGGUGAAGCUCUGGCCGAAUGCGAUUCGCUCGAAUGUCAUCCAAUUUCAAGCGAGGAAUAAGUGCCGCGUAAUCGUUGACAUUGCGUCGUCGGAUUUAUGGAACAAAUAGGGUUGAGUCGCGUAGCGAGCAAGUUGUUCUGGCUUCUUUUUAUUAUGUUAUGUUGGAUAACUGGCUCUGCAGACAUGCGGUCUUAUCCGUAUCAUGUCACCGAUGAAUAUGCGAAUGUAGAAAUAAUAGAAUGUAGGCGCACACUCAUUUAGGAAAUACGACACGCUGAAAGAAUGACAUUCGCAUUCCUAAUGACCCUUAUUCCGUGCCUUUUUAAUAUCGAAGUUAAUGGUUUUUUUUUUUUUAAACAUCUUACAGUAAUUCUAAACGAGAAAAAUCCAUAACGGUGUGUUUCUAAAUUGAAAUAUAUUAUACAAUACUAUUUCUCACUACAGGAUUUAUUAUAUACUUUUCUCAAGUUGCAUUUAGAAAGCAUUUCAUACAUCUUUGUAAUAUGGCAAAAAUACUUUAGCAAUCUUAUCUAAUCAAAAGUAAUAUAUCGACUUGUCUUGCGAAUGUGCAUCAAUUUGUAACGAAUAGAACUGACAUAGCUAAUAAUAAUAAUUGCGAAAAGAUUUAUGCUAUGUUUUCACUGGCGAUAUAGAAAUAUAGUCGAAAUUUCGAAUUUGUAUAAAUAUAUCACGUUUAUUUAUAGCACAAAAGAAAAACGCAGAGACAUAAUCAAAAAUUAUUUCACAUCUUUUAACGAGAUUCUACAAAAAUACAUAUUACUUUUAUUGUAUCCAGACUUCUCGUAACUAUAUGAAACAUAUACCUAACUUAUAUUGAAAGGUAUACUAAUUCAUAUCAAUCAAGAAAAAUUUUUUUUAAUAUCUAUAGAAUUUUUUGUAUAUAUUAGUAAAGGCAAUGCCGAACAUUUGUGUCUAUUCAUUUUGAUAUUUUUUUAUAUUAUUUGAUAUUAUAUUUUCUAAUACCGUAUAAAUGAAGAACUUGGUUUACUUAACCAACAUCAAGAAUGAGUUUGUUAAUCAAACUUUCAAUUACUUGGUCCUUGUUCAGUAACAGUACUCUGCAAUUCUGUUGAUUUUGUAUCUACGUGUCUUAUAUAUCAUUAGUCUUGUGUAUUUUUUACAUUAUUGAAUAUUAUUAGGUCUUUAACAGAAAAUUUCUCAUUGCGUCUAGCAAAAGUGUCGUUAGCACUCAGGUAUGUGCUAAGUUCCAAUCAGAUUAUUAACUCGCAACAGAGAAUACCAGAGUCGAUAGUUCACAUUCCAUAUGUUCAAGAUGCAAUUUUAUAUUCCAUUUAGCAUUUGUAUCUUCGAUUUGAAUCUGUGUUAUAAUUGUCUUCUUAUUUAUUGCAUAUAUUGUAAUAAUAAGGAUAUAUGACGAUUGUAAUUGACGAAAAGCAUUAUUUGUGUAUACUACGGGUAAGCGGAUUACAUUAAAAUUGAAAUUCAGAAAAUGAGGGUGAUACUGAAAUUCAUCGACUUCGGAAAUAUAUCGAGUGCACUGUUCGCAUUCUCUUUUGAAUAUAAUACAUAUCACGUUUAAACAUUAAUUAUCGCGCGCUCGUCCACGAGAUACAAUUAACGGAUAUACAUUGAGGGCACGAACAUCGAAUACCUACAGAACGUUCGAUUUAUGUUCCGUCCGAUUCACUCAUAUGUUGCACGGUAUGUUAAGAAAGUUUAUAUUUAAUUUCGCUGUUUAUUUGCGUUGUUCGUUCGCAAAAUGUAUACCAUACUCGAGAGUGAUAAGAGUGAGCAAUGUUGAUCUUUACUCGUCAUAGGGAAGUUGAGGCUCGUCGGAGUUAAUUAUAAAUUAACUAUUCGUCGGAAUCGCAUUUUAAUUCGUGUAGCUCGCGACUCCGGGGAAACACUAUAUACUACACAGUUCCUCGCUUCUCAAGAAACAACCGAUUUAAUUAUUUAUAACUAACAAUGACAAUUAUUGUGAACACUGAAUAAUAUAAUCACAGAUGGAGCCUGUGAUCCUAGUUAUAAAUAAACUGCAAAACAUGUGAUUAACAUAUAGUUUAAGGUGUAAACCACAGGACUGACGGACUCUACUUAUUAUUUUAUUAGCGCCUAAUCGUUUUUACGCGCGGCGAAAUGAACAGAAAGACCGAUGCGCAUUCGGUGAAUCUUGCUCUUUUUCAUUAUCUUCUUUUUUUCGUACGAGGGUUCGUAACGCCGCGAAUGCUCAGAUAUUAUUGUUAUUCGUACAGUCGGUGGAUUUUCUGGUGCCCACAUCAGUGUACGCGCUGCCGACUGGAGGCUAUUAUUUUUAUACCUUUAAUUAACGAGCGUAAUAUCGAGAAAGAGCGUAUAAAUCGGCUGCAACGGUACAGCAGCCUCCCGACCCGAUAGUUAUUUAAGCAAAACGCUGUCACUGUAUUAUAUUUUAUCUAGUGUCUAGAUAUAUGUCUUAUCAUUAUAGGAAUUAUUAAUUAUUGUUUUACGGAUAUAUAUACACACACCGACACAUUUGUAUAUAGAUGACGUCGCGAUUUAUUUAAAUAGCUCCGAUGUAAAUAAAUUAUCUAUAACGAAUCUGCGAUAAUGUGAUCCUAUUAAUAAAAUGAAAUUACCUAAA